AUGGAAGACGAGGAGCGUGUACAAGGCGCCUUGGAGGGCCUCACCGUCGACAAUGGCGGUGAUGCGCCCUCGACCGAGGUGAAGAAGGAGGGUGGCAGCGCUGGCUCAACCGGCUCGAGAUCGAGGUCACAUAGCAUGUCGCCCUCCGAUGAGAAACCGCGCAGUGACAGCGCGUCAACACCCGACAACAGUGCGCACCCGCCCAAACUGUCCCGGAAGGCAUCGCAGAAAGCGGUCCCGCGAGUCAAUCUGUUCCACGACACGCCCGAUGUGACUGACGAGGCCUGUGGUCAUUUCCAACUGAUACCCGACUGUCUCUACGGCUCCAAGUCGCUCGGGGCCACAGAACACGAUACUCUGGACUGCGACUGCACCGAGGAUUGGCGCGACGGUGUCAACCAUGCCUGCGGUGAUGAUUCUGACUGCAUUAACCGCGUGACCAAGAUGGAGUGUGUGGAUCGGGAUUGCAAUUGUGGCGACGGCUGCCAGAAUCAACGAUUCCAGCAAAAACAGUACGCCGACGUCUCGGUCAUCAAAACAGACAAGAAGGGCUUUGGACUUCGUGCAAACAGAGAUUUACAGGCCAAUGACUUUAUCUUUGAGUACAUCGGCGAGGUCAUCAACGAACCCACAUUCCGCCGCCGAAUGAUACAGUAUGACAAGGAAGGCAUCAAGCAUUUCUACUUCAUGUCCCUAACCAAGAAUGAGUUUGUCGACGCGACCAAGAAAGGCAAUCUGGGGCGUUUCUGCAAUCAUUCCUGCAGUCCCAACUGCUACGUGGACAAAUGGGUGGUAGGGAACAAAUUGCGCAUGGGCAUUUUUGCCAGCCGCAAGGUCCAGGCGGGCGAGGAGCUGGUGUUCAAUUACAAUGUCGACCGUUACGGCGCAGAUCCCCAGCCCUGCUACUGCGGUGAAGAGAACUGCAUUGGCUUUAUCGGCGGCAAGACCCAGACAGAACGUGCCACAAAGCUGUCCAAUGCGACCAUCGAGGCUCUUGGUAUUGACGAUGCCGAUGGCUGGGACACGGCCGUUGCUGUGGUCAAGAAGCCGCGCAAGAAGCGAGCCGGCGAGGACGAUGAGGAUUACGUUAACAGCGUACAGGCCCGCGGCCUCGACGAGAAGGGUGUCCAGAAAGUCAUGGCCUCGCUCUUGCAGUGCAAGGAGAAAUGGAUUGCCGUCAAGCUCCUGGAGCGCAUUCAGACUUGCGACGAGCGUCUUCUGCCCUAUGUUGUGCGCAUGCACGGAUACGAAAUCCUGAGGACGACGCUAAACUCGUUCAAGGACGACACCAACGUUGUGCUCCAGAUUCUCAGCAUCCUCGACAAAUUCCCGCGCUUGACCCGGAACAAGAUAUCCGAUUCCAAGAUUGAAACCGUGAUCAAGCCUCUUACUGAUUCCGAGCAUGAAGAUGUUGCUGAAGAGUCCCGGCGGUUACUGGAUGUGUGGAGCAAACUGGAAGUGGGCUACCGCAUUCCCCGAAAGAGUCGGACUGGCCCUGCUGCAGCACCCACCAACUCAUUUGAGGAGCGCCGCGGCGUUCGCCUCGAGGAACUGCAGGCCAAACCUGUUACCGUGGCAUUACCGGAUAAUGUACCCAAGGGCCCUCGCAGUAGCAUUCCUCAGCGAAAUGUCAAUCUUGUCAGCCAGCAGCGACAACGUCGUCCUCCUGACCCCACUACGCUGCCGGCCGGUUGGUACAUUGCCACCGAAAAACAAGGAAAGUGGUAUUACUACACUAAAGGAGGUCAAGUGCAGUGGCAGCGGCCCACAGAACCUGCUCCCGAGGCCACCUCACAGACUGCAAACUCCAGGGCAAGACAGGAGCAGCAGUCCAUACAGGAUAUCAUCGAUUCUCUUUCCAAGCCUGACACCAGUGGCGUGAGGAGAUCAGCUACUCAAACCCCAAAGCAGGCCACGACCCCUGUCCAAGAGCCAAAGAAGGAGAAAUGGCGGUCUUUGCCGAUAGAGAAGCAGAUGAAGAUCUACGAGAACACUCUUUUUCCACACGUCAAAUAUGUGAUGGACAAGUUCCGUCAUAAGCUCUCCAAAGACGACCUCAAGAAGUUCGGAAAGGAAGUCAACAAGGCAAUUGUUGCCUCUGACUACAAGCAUCAUCGCGUCGAUGACCCUACGUCGAUUUCUGACAAGCAAGAGAAGAAGGUCAAGAAAUACGUUAAGGAGUUUCUCGACAAAGCCGUUGCCAAGGUUCACGCACACAAGCAAAAGGCCGGGCCGAGCCAGGAUGACUUGAAGCCCAACGGCACUGUCAAGGAGGAGGAGGAGGAAGAGGAGGAUCUGGUCAUGUCGGAUCACGACCCGGAUCAGGAUGAAAACGCUUCGACACCAUCAGACCACAAGAGGAAGAGAGAGGAUGAUCUGGAACCAGCUAUGCCAUCCGAAACGCCCCUGGUAAAGCGCCUCAAGGAAGAGGUUGAGGGUGUCUCGGGCUUCCCAAGUCCUCCACCACCGCCGCCGCCUCCUCCGUCAAAUAUCCAGAUGGAUGAUGCUGAUGCGCUGCGUCAGCAGGAGGCAGAACUCGAGCGGGAGAACGAGUUAAAUCAGUUGGAUUUUGACAGGGAGCAAACGAGUAAUCAGCAGGACCAGCCAGCCUUACGAGAUGAUGUAGGCAAGAGCGGCAUGAAGCCGAAGCAGGAGGUUAUGAUCCAUUAG